CCUUCCCUUCUUCUCUAGCAUUCAUAACUCAACAACUAUAACCAUGGCUUUCUCCUCUUCCAAGGCACUUGUCCUUGCAUGCUCCUUCUUCCUAUUUGCUUCUUUGGCUUUUGGACGCGAUUUCUCCAUUGUUGGCUAUUCAUCGGAGGACUUAAAGUCCAUGGAUAAGCUCAUUGAGCUCUUUGAAUCUUGGAUGUCAAAACACUGCAAGAUUUAUGAGAGCAUUGAGGAGAAGCUUCUUAGGUUCGAGAUUUUCAAAGACAACUUAAAGCACAUUGAUGAGACAAAUAAGGUGGUCAGCAACUACUGGCUUGGUUUGAAUGAGUUUGCUGAUUUGAGCCACCAAGAGUUUAAGAAAAAGUAUUUGGGACUUAAGAUUGAUUACUCUACAAGGAGAGAGUCUCCAGAGGAAUUCUCUUAUAAAGAUGUUGAAUUGCCAAAGUCAGUGGAUUGGAGAAAGAAAGGUGCUGUUACCCCAGUCAAGAACCAAGGUUCAUGUGGUAGCUGCUGGGCGUUUUCCACUGUUGCAGCGGUUGAAGGAAUAAACCAGAUUGUGACUGGAAAUUUGACAUCAUUGUCUGAGCAAGACUUGAUUGACUGUGACAAAACUUACAACAAUGGUUGCAAUGGUGGUCUCAUGGACUAUGCAUUCUCCUUUAUUGUAGAAAACGGUGGACUCCAUAAAGAGGAAGAUUAUCCUUACAUUAUGGAAGAAGGUACUUGCGAGAUGACAAAGGAAGAAACCGAAGUUGUGACUAUUAGUGGCUACCAUGACGUGCCACAAAACAAUGAACAGAGCUUAUUGAAAGCACUUGCAAACCAACCCCUCAGUGUUGCCAUAGAGGCUUCAGGCAGAGAUUUUCAAUUUUAUAGUGGGGGUGUUUUUGAUGGACAUUGUGGAAGUGAGCUAGAUCACGGUGUGGCAGCUGUUGGAUACGGAAGUUCAAAAGGAGUGGAUUAUAUCAUAGUGAAAAAUUCAUGGGGAUCUAAAUGGGGAGAGAAAGGAUACAUAAGAAUGAAGAGGAACAUUGGAAAGCCAGAGGGUAUUUGCGGAAUCCUCAAGAUGGCUUCUUAUCCCACUAAGAAGAAAUAAGAUUCAUUCCCUCUAUUGCUUACUCCAUUGUUGUUUCUCAUUUUCUUUCCUUCUACUAAUUAAUUCUUCAAUGUCUGCCUAUUUCAACCUUUCCUGGAAACAAUGUAACGUUUUCCAUAUCAUAAUAUAAUCUUGAUUAACUCUUUUUUUUUUU